UCUAUUCGCCACAUUCGACCUAUUCUCACAGUUGAAAUGGCCUCUACGCUAGCACGUUGUCUUGUAUUAUCUUGUCUUGACUACUGCAACUCUCUGUUACAUGGAACUCCGGCGUAUCUAAUUUCCUCUCAUCAGUUCAUUCAAAACAGACUAGCUAAACUUGUUUUAGAAUUACAUCGUUUGUCUUCUAGCUCAUCAUCUCUUGCUCAUCUGCAC